AUGUCUGCGUCACGAUCCUUUGCGACCUGCUUGGCCAAGCUCCCGGCUACAGCAUCACGAACAACACAGUCAAUGCGACUUAGCCAGAAUGUGCUGUCUCAGAGAUCUAAGAGUCGAUCUCCUAUAAUCUCUCGAUCUAUUCGAUUCUCGCCUGUUUCCCAUAGAGCAUUUACUACAACGACACAAAGGCGCCAUGGACAUAUUGACCCCCCGAAGCCCGGUGAGGAACUUUAUGUCACAUUCAUCGAGAAGGACGGCACAGAGAACAAGUUUGCCGUUUCUGAGGGGGACAACCUCCUCGAUAUCGCCCAAGCAAACGAUCUAGAGAUGGAGGGUGCAUGCGGAGGAUCUUGCGCCUGCUCGACAUGCCAUGUUAUCGUUGCCGACGACGCAUAUUUCGACAAGAUGCCCGAGCCCGAGGAUGACGAGAACGAUAUGCUGGAUCUGGCCUUUGGACUCACUGAGACGAGUCGAUUGGGCUGCCAAGUUAAGAUGACCAAGGAACUGGACGGCCUAGUGGUGAAGCUGCCAUCCAUGACGAGGAACCUACAAGCGAGCGAUUUCAGUUAA